UGCUACCUCUUCCUCCUGCUCCUGCUGCUGCCCUUCCUCGGCGCCAUGGACAAGGACGGCGAAGACGCCCCCGCCUCACCCUCCAGGGGGAAGAUGCCCUCCGUGAGCUUCGGCACUGCAGCCUUCAUCCUCAUCCGCGUCAAGAGAGCCUUCAAGAAAAAACGGGCAAAGCUCAAAAGCUCGGUGAAGGAGGGAGGCGUAGUGGUGUCACGACCUCCCUUGGUGAGGAGUCGUACCUUGCCAGCCAUAGUCGUUCCAGGAGUCACCGUACUGCAGACAGCGCUCGAUGCAUCCGACCGCAGAG